AUGGCGGAGAGCCGGAAGACCCUUGACACCGCGAUAGAAUCCAUGGAGCUUGAGGAAGAAAGAGUUUAUUCGGAAAAACUAUCGGGCCGGCUCAAAAUGACUUCAUCCCCAACGUCGACUGAUCAACGUCAAUCAAUCUCCAAUCUUCAAGUCUUCCAACUCAACGACAAGUUACUCGAGAAAGACCAAGACAACCUAAUCGAACAGACCGUUAUUACUUGCUUAUAA